CAAAGGCAUCAAAAGCGUGCGCCGCCGCCUGUGCACCUCCGCGCGGACGGACGGAGCGAGCGGUACAGCAGUAACGCGCCGAGCGUUGUCGUGGGAGGGCGAUCCUUUUUCUUCCGCCGUUCGCGCUCACGUUGGCGCCAAAUCGGAGCAAAAGCGGAGCACACCGCGUGGCUCCUCGCACGCGGAGCGCGUGUCUUAAUUUAAUUAAUACUGCUCGGCCUGGACUCGACCGCGGUCGUUCGCGGGGGUGGAGUGAGUAGCGCGGAAUUUGCUACGUACUGAAGCAAGUGCUGGAGCGAGAGAACGCGUCGUCAUGGGUACCGUGUGUUGUGCCCCGCGGGUGUAGAGUGCGGAUUCCGCGCGAAACGAGCGAGGGGGAUAAAGAAAGGGGGAUAGGGAAGCGGCGUGCUGAGAAAAGAUAACGAGGAUACAGAGCGCGGUGCGGGCUAAACUGCGACUCGCGCCGAGGCGAAGUCUCGUCGUGGAGGAGAGAGAGCGCGAGGGUGAGACGGAGAGCCGGGAGACGGGAAAGAGAUAGGAGGCGCACGAAGAGAGACGAUAAUGCGGAGCCGUUGCUUCCGUCUUCAGCGACAGGACGACGUUCGGAUCCGCUCCUAAUCGAGCGAGAAGAUCUAACAGUCAGAAAUGACGCGAAGAAGAACGUUUAUCUUCGUAUUGGGAGUAUGCAUAGGCACCUUGCUGCUACUCUUCGACAAUGCGGUGGCGGAAGUUACGGAAGCGUCGGUUGCUUCCGAGAAAUCUGAGUCCCAAAAAGCAUCGACUUUUCAAGGAUCUACGACGAUAUUAGCAAAAGUUUCUUCGAUCCAGCAAAAUCAAUCAUCUGUAGAAAACGACGAAAAAAAUAUCAAGAAUCGAAAAACUAAUGACGCGGAAAAUAGAUCACACGACAGUGUCAUCGACGACGCAAAUCAGGAUGGAAAAACAAGCGAUGAAUCCGAAAAUUCAUCGUCCGAUGGAAACAGGAAGCCGAGGUACGGCGAAAUUGCUGUUGAGAGCUCCGGGAAAAGCACCAGCACGAAAGUCGUCUCCGAGGAUCUUCUCAGACUCUCCAGGAAGAACGAACUGACUGCGGCGACUGCAAAGCCAGCUUUCAAUGAUUCGAAGCAGGACAGUAAGAACCUAGAGAAUGUCUCCCUUCAAGAAUCUUUCGACCAUGAAAAAAUAUCCGAUACGACCAAGACUACGUCUUCAAAUACUAAGGAAAAAAUUCCCGAUGAGAAAUUAAUCGCGAAUGUAAUGGAAACAUUGGAAUCUAAAGUAGAGAAGGAGUCCUCCUUCGAGCAUAAAGCGAAGAAUAAUGUAACUGCGGACAAACAAGAGAUACCGACCGUCAAGUCUAUCGGAGAUUUCUUCUCGACAACCCCGAAAUCGACUGCUGAGGACGUCGUCAGGUCCGACGAAAAGAAGGACAAAAUUAUAAAGCUUGAGCACAAGGAAGUUGUUUCGAAAAACGACAAAAAUGUAAUCUUGACUGACUUGAAGGAAGAAGUAGAGGAUCAUACAGUGGAGGUUCGCAAUCAGGAAUCAACCACAGUGCAUGGUGAAAAUUCCCCAGGAUUUAAGAAGAGCGCGAACGAUCUAGGAACGACGGCAUCCGAGGCGCUCGAUCUCGAGAAGGUCGAUGAGCAGGUGCACGAGGGAAGCGUUUCGUUAGUUAACGACACGUACGUGAAUCACUUUUAUAAGACUGUGACGGAGAAAGAUCUCAAAGCUGUCCCCGGAAACCAUUCGAUUGACGUGAAUGACUCGCGCGAGAAAGCCGAUCCGAAAGAAGAAGUGGAGAUCGUUAAGAACGUGACUCACCUGCCAGUAUUGAAGAUUGUGACAACCGCGAACGAUACUGCGAAGAAUGACUCUCACGUCAAUGAACGGAAUAAUCAGGAAGCAGCCGCUUACGUCGAGAGGAAAGGGGAGACCGGGGCGAAAGGUGAAAAUCAUCCUGAACAAAGCGCAGACUUCUCCAUUUCGAAUGUGACUACUAAGAGUAUAGAUGGUAUAGAGGAAUGGAGAUCAAUAGGGGAGCCUGAGAGCCAGGUCAAGUUGCCCGAAACAACGACUCAGAGCGUGCGACUUGAACGUACCUCGCCCGCCCCCGAAACCACUUCUAGUCUAGUCCCGCAAGGCAGAACUAUCGGAUUUUCCGGAAUCAACGAGUUUCCGAAAAUCGAGGUGAAAACUACGGCAUCAAUGAGGACCGACGGGGGAUCGCCGGUCACUCAGAGCCUGCGAAACAUCACCGAAAAAAUAGAUCAGAAGCCUUAUCCGUAUCUGAAAUCUAGCAGAGAGUCGUUCCAGACGAUAACAGAGGUCAAUACGAAAUUGAGAAAGGAAGGACGAAGUGACGUUACGGAGGAAACUUCCCCUUACGAGAACACGAUCGGAAGAGGAGAAUCCGAGAAGAAGCUCGUCGUCACCGAACCUUCGGUUGUGAUCGAGAACAGCAUUCAACAGCAUAAACCGAACAAGAAGAAUAUAAACGAGUCCGCGAAUUCGACGACAAAGAGCCUCUCCUCUUUGACGCCAGUGACGACGAUUCCGAUUGUUUCGGUCGUCGUUGGGCCAACGAAUAAAACUUUUCCGGAAGGAUUUAACGGCAGCGCGAAGACCGCGGAAAUGAAACGCUCGAAGCCGAACGAGAAUGACACGCCAGGUGCGAAAGAGGAGGAGAAAGUGAUCGCGGGUAGAGACGAGGGUUACGACGUAACUGGAAAUGGAAUAACGGAAGUGAGCCUAACUCCGGAUGGCAAGGACGUGAAAUCACAUUUCAACGAAGGAACGGAAUCGUCAACGUUGCGUUCCGCGGAAAGGAAUACAUCUCGGACGACGUCUCUGAAUACCGACGUGCAGAUGGAACCGGAAGAAGCUAUGAUGAUCCGCUCGACUUUCGUCGUUACCGAAACCACGAGCGUGGUGCCCUUGGACAAGGACGUGACGACGGAAGCGAACAAGUCCAAGACUUCGAUGACACCGCGAGCGGAAGUCAAUACGACCGCUACAACGGUCCUCGAGAAUUCCACGGAAUCGACACCGAAGACGAGCGUCAUCACGCCGCGACCGUCCUCGAGCGCUAAUCACACCACCGAAUCACCCUCCGCCACUUUAAAUCCCGACGAAUCGUCAAUCCCGUCGACCACGUCCGUCGAAUUCGAAUUCGUCAGUCUCACGGAGGCGAUCUCUUCGGUAGGUAACGCGACUGAAGGGACCGUCGACGGACAUACCUUCGAGGAACAAAUGACGUCCUCGAGAACGACGACGGUUCAAAAUUCGACGAGCAACUCGACGAUGGUCACCGCGAUGAAACCGGAGGAAUUCACCGAACUUCCCGUGACGACCGAAGAUGGAACUCCGACGACGGAUCAAGUGUCGGAUAUGCGCCACGUGGACAACGAGACUACCGGAGGUCCUACGGUUGCCCAAACUACUUCUGAGAGUCAAAGUAAUCAUACGGAGUUGACGAGGAGCGAAGUUACCGUAAGCGUUAUCGAUUUCACCAGCGCCGCCACCGGUAAUGUCACGGGAGCCUUCGGCGUAACCGAGGGUUCUUCAGAGUCUAAGGAUUCAAGUUUCGAUGCGAACAUCACCGAGACGUCCGCCCCAGGCGUGACGGAACUACCGCCGAAUACGAGUGUCAGGACAACAGCGAACGUUACAAAGAGCCCUUCGGCUACAAGUACUUUGGAGCCGAUAGUACUAUGGAGUACGGUGGGUUUCACGGAGUCGCCCGAGGAAGAGAUAACUGAAAGUAUUCAGAAUCUGUCGCCGGACGAGGUCACGUUACUGGUUAAAAUAAUUGUCGAGGGCACCUUACAAGAGGUCUGUCCCCGAUUGCAGGAUCUAAGGAAGGCGCUCGCGGAUUUUCUCAGGGAAGGACUGGAAAAGCCUGUGCAACCGAAACAAAUUGUUAUCCAUCAAAAUCCUUGCCGCGAGCAGAACUUGUCGCCGACAUCGACAGAGGUUUCCCUAAUCCCGAUCCUGGUUUACGUUAUCGAUGAGGACGGCAAGUUCGACCCCGCCAUGACAAAGAUUCUACCAAGUUUAUACAAGGUGUCUCCCAACUUCCCAGUGAGAGUCAUUCAUUCUUUCCAGAUACACAAGUUCCUUCUGGUACCGGAAGGGGAUUCUGGAAACGCAAUAGCGGUCGUCGUGGUCUCCUCCGUGGCCUUCAUUUGCCUGGUUCUUUUAGCUGGUCUUCUGUUCAUAAUGAGAAAGAGGCAAACGAGGUUCAAUUACGGAGAACGGUGCCGGCCGGUAUCCUUGGACGCCUACAGCCUCGACAGCGUUUCGGCGUACAAUAGCGUAAGGCGCAAAGGUGCGGCAAGAUCCUCCAAGAGGAGUUACGGCAAUCCGACUUUCGAAGAUUCGAGCGCCAUUCCCUCCCACCCCCUCAACUUCGCCGGGCUUUCAUCUUUCUGUAACGACGUUAAUGCAAUCAACGAGGAGUUCGCGGGUAUACCCCAGGUUUCGGCGAAGAUAGACGAGCUGCCCCCGGGCGCGGAGGUGAAGAAUAGAUACGCGAAUGUGAUACCGCUUCCGGAGACGAGGGUGCCGUUACAGAGGCUGAACAAUGACGCGUUAACCGAGUACAUCAACGCCAGUUACGUGCGGGGACCUAAGAACGCCACAAAGUAUUAUAUCGCGUGCCAAGCGCCAAUAGAGUCGACUGUUACCGACUUUUGGCGAAUGAUUUGGGAGCAACAGUCCAAAGUGAUUAUCAUGCUGACCGAUCUCGUCGAGAACGAAGUGGAAAAGUGUACAGAAUACAUUCCACCUUCGGAGGUGACAGAUUGUCACCGGCUUUACGGUGAUUUCCAAGUCACUUUGAAGAAGCGGGAAGCCAAGGAGAAGUAUGCUAUAUCUACACUUCAUCUGAAGAACCUGGAGAACAAUACGUUCCGAGAGGUGUUUCACAUUUGGUACCUCUGGCCGGUGAGUGGCGUCCAAUCAGACGGUACAGGCCUAAUAGCGGUACUGCUCGAGGCGAGAGCACUCCAGCGAGGUGGCCCCGGGCCCAUCGUGGUCCAUUGUAGUCCUGGCACAGGACGCACUGGCACGUUAAUAGCCCUCGACCUAGGAAUUAGACAAUAUGAAAUUACGAGGACCGUGGAUGUGCCGAGGGUCGUUUACACCAUCAGGAGAGAUCGGGCUGGCGCAGUGCAAACUAAGGAGCAAUAUGCUUUCAUAUACAAGGCACUAAACUUGUACGCGACAAAACUCGCUGGCGGUGUACUAGAGUCAACGUGAAGCAGAAGUUCUGAAGAUUUGCAAAAACGGACGUCAGUUGACGAAGCUCGGCUGUUUGUUUAGCGAACAGUGUGUGUACGUGAAAUCAGGAAGCCUUUAUUUAAAAAGGUUUUCACUCGGAUGGAUGCUUAAGUUACCGGCUGAAGAAAAUAAACUACAAAGAUGCCAAAUGUUUGUCCGAUUUAAGAGCAGAGGUAUUCUAAUAUUGCUUUUAAGAAAAAAAAAAAA